AGAGGAACGCCUUCAAGCGUACGCGAAGCAUUCAAUAUGAUGCAGGUUCUCUCCAAGGACUGUCCACCCGGGAUGUUCGACCUAACGAAGGAAUGGAAUCUAUCGUUCGCCGGCUGCGGGUUCCUGGGGAUCUAUCACAUUGGAGUGGCCAGCUGCCUGUUGGAACAAGCGCCCUACCUCAUCAAAGGUGCCACCAAGAUUUACGGGGCUUCGGCCGGUGCCCUAACCGCCUCGGUGCUCGCCAGCCAGGCAUCCAUAGCUAAGUGCUGUGAGGAUGUGAUCGAGACAGUCAAGGAGGCCCGGAAGCGUAACCUGGGUCCCCUCCACCCCUCCUUCAACCUGGUCAAGGUCAUCAGGUCGGGCCUGGAGCGUGACCUGCCCGCCGACGCGCACACACUCGCCUCCGGGAGGCUGUGUGUGUCACUCACUCGCGUGUCUGAUGGACAAAACGUCAUUGUGUCCGAGUUCAAGUCCAAGGAGGAGCUCAUCCAGGCACUGCUGUGUAGCUGUUUCAUCCCCAUAUACUGUGGCCUGAUCCCUCCAUCCUUCCAAGGAGUGCGUUACGUGGAUGGGGGAAUCAGUGACAACCUUCCUCAGUCGGAGCUGAAGAACACCAUCAGCAUCUCUCCGUUCUCCGGCGAGAGCGACAUCUGUCCCCGGGACACCUCCUUCAACUUCCACGAGCUGCGCUUCACCAACACCUCCAUCCAGAUGAACCUGGACAAUAUGUACCGCCUCAGCAAAGCCCUGUUUCCCCCAGAACCUAAGGUCAUGGCAGAGAUAUGUCAGAGUGGCUACAAGGACGCCCUUCGCUUUCUUGAGGAGAACCAUCUGCUGAAGCUGGAGUGUCCGACUGCCGGCCCCAGCCUAUCAGAAGCCACACACACCUGCUGCUGCAAGCCCAUCGCCACGGAAACCACUAAGGACUGGAUGCUCCGCCGGCUCCGCCUCCUGAGGAAGCGGCACUGGUGGCUGGACGAGCAGAUUGUUGACAACCUGCCAACCCAAAUCAAAAAAGUGUUUUGUGAAGCGUGCCAGCAGAAGCCUGGUCUGUAUGCUCAUGUGUCUGAGAUGCUGCCGGUCAGAGUGGCCUCCUACAUGCUCCUGCCCUGCACACUACCUGUGGUAUCAGCCUACUCAGUGGGCAAGAGGUUUGUGGAGUGGAUCCCAGAGGUGCCUGCAGAUAUGCGUUGGCUAGCUGGGGUGGCUGGGGAUGUGGCUGGGAGCAUGUACAGACAGACCCGGAGAGGAGCACCAGCAGACAUAACCAGUGAUGGUUCCCUGAGGAAUUGCAUGAGUCUGCCCCUACCCCUGGACAGUGACAGACCCAGGGAGAGAAACAGUCAUCUCUCCGGGUUCGCUCUCUCUGCUCUUGACCUCCAAAGCCAAUACUGGAACAUCCCCACCGCCCCCUCUUCCCGCCGCCCCACCAGCCCCCUCAUGCCCAGCCCCUCCCCACGACAGAUCUGCUUCUUUGUUGGCUCGCAGGACGAGACUGACUGACAGUCCCAUCCACCAAUGAGAGGACACUUUGACUUUGUUUUAAAAGAUGAUAGGGCAGUCCAGCUCACGAUCCCUCCCACAGGGCCUGUCUAUAGGCUAUAAAAAACUGGGAUGGACAAAUGAUGGUCAUGUGAUUGAAUAGCUUUGGGAUCCAGAACUGUUGCUAUAGACACACUAAUCAUGUCUUUUGAUCACUCUAACAAUCAUAUUUUAUUCUACAGUACACAUUGUAGAACAAUUUACCAGAUCACCACCAAA